AUGAGUAGAUCUUCUGAAAACCUGCCAUGGAUUGAAAAAUACAGACCUGAGACCCUGGAUGACGUAUACGGACAACGAGAAAUUGUCGGGACGGUCAGGAAAUUUGUGAAAGAAGGCCGGCUACCGCAUCUACUAUUCUAUGGUCCUCCAGGAACCGGUAAGACAUCUAUGAUAGUUGCCCUCGCUAGGGAGAUUUACGGCAAGAACUACAAAAAUAUGGUUUUGGAGCUUAAUGCUUCAGACGAUCGAGGUAUUGAUGUGGUGAGAAAUCAAAUCAAAGAGUUUGCCUCAACCCGUCAAAUUUUUUCCAAGGGGUUUAAGUUAAUCAUCUUGGAUGAAGCAGACGCCAUGACCAACGCAGCACAGAACGCAUUGAGGCGUAUCAUCGAAAAGUAUACGAAAAACACGCGGUUCUGUAUCCUGGCAAACUAUGCCCACAAACUGACACCAGCUCUUCUGAGUAGAUGUACUCGAUUUAGAUUUCAACCUUUGCCGGUUGAGGCCAUCGAAAAACGUGUGAAUAAAGUGCUGAUACUGGAAAACCUUAAGCUCAGCCCAGAAGCCUUGAAAGCGCUUUUGAAGCUAUCCAAAGGUGACAUGAGAAGAGCUUUAAACGUGUUGCAAGCAAGCAAAGCAACGCUGGACAGUCCAGAUUCCGAGGAAGUCACGGAAAAUACCAUCUAUGAAUGUAUUGGUGCGCCUCACCCGCAGGAUAUCGAGACAGCCUUAGAGUCGAUGCUUAAGGACGACUGGAGCACGGCUUCCUUUACUGUGAACAAAAUACGCACCAGCAAGGGUCUGGCUUUGAUCGAUUUAAUCGAGGGCAUAGUGGAGGUCUUGAUGGAGUACGAACUGAAGACAGAAACGCGAACACAACUUUUGAGCAAAUUGUCGGAUGUCGAGUAUGCGAUUUCCAAGGGUGGUAAUGAUAGAAUUCAGAGCAGUGCUGUUAUUGGUGUGGUCAAGUCGAGUUUCGAGCUGGAGACUUGA